AUGAACGCUAGAGGAAAGCACGGCGAUCCUGCUAUCCUCCGGCCAAAGGCAGGAACUCGAUCUUCGCUGAGGCGUGCUCCAGCAAAAACUUAUCAGCAGUCGAGUUCAAGGGGAUAUGAUUCUCCCGAAAUUGACCAAAUCAGAGAAUCUCUUAUGGAAACACCUGAUUUCACUGGCAUAGAAAUGCCCAAAUUAAUCAAGGUACAGGAAAAUAAUAAUGAAUAUUUAUCAUACUGCAUACAAAAUCGAAUGUAUGAAGAGGCUAAAAAAUCACAACAACUAAAUCUAUAUCUUUCACGUGAAAUUCAGAUGCAAUCACGCGAGUUAGAGGCUUUUCUUGCCACAAGUGCAACAAAUCAGAAGUUCGCCAAGUCAAAGCAAGAAAAUUCGAAAUCGUACGUAUUCUUUAUGGUGCAAAAACAUCUUGAGUUAAUCAAGAUGCUUUUGCCCCUGAUUUUACUAGAUUACUAA